CGAUGUAAACAUAAGCGGUCAACACUAUCGACUCGCGUUACGUUGGCACAAAGUUUUAAGUUAAAAGAGUUCAAUAUCAAGGUCAGAGAUGGCAGUAAGAAAAGUAGAUUUCUUGGUCCUGGGAGGAGGUGCCAGUGGUUUGUCUGCUGUUUUUUACCUUCAGCGAUUGCUUGGAGAGCGGCUUAAACGAGUUGAUUUGGUGGACGAAAAACCUCAGUUUCGAAACAAAAUUGCUUUGUUAGAGGCUAGCCCGCACAUUGGUGGAUGGAUUCAUUCAACGAGAACUCCAGAGGGCAGUAUUCAUGAGGCAGGGCCACGCAGCAUGCGACCCGCAGGCAUCGUUGGAAGGAAUUCGCUGAAUCUUGCAUCAUCUCUUGGGCUUGACGAUGAGGUGAUUCCAGUUCUGCGCUCCCACCCUGCAGCGCAGCGAAGAUUUACCUUCACGGGUGGGAAGCUGCACCAAUUUCCAUCAAGUUUCGCCACAUUGCUGACGAGGCAGGAACCGUUCUCCCGUCCGUUGGCGGUCGACUUGGCCCGGGAGGUUUUAGUCAAGAGAUCAAAGGGUGAAGACGAGAGCAUGUUUGACUUUGGGGUGCGCCGUUUCGGGAAAGAGAUUACAGAAAACUUGAUCGACCCUUUCUGUCGGGGAGUAUUUGCCGGGAAGACCACAGAGCUCAGUGUGCGUUCCUGUUUCCCACAGCUGUUCAGUUUUGAGAGGCAGCGCGGCUCAGUAAUUCUAGGUGGCCUUCUCGGGCCGACCGCCAUCGACCCAACUGUUGGGGAAAGUGAUCUUGUCCGUCGGGCUAAGAAAGAAAGAUGGUCCAUUUGGUCAUUAAAAGGAGGGCUUCAGUGUCUUGCUGAGAAACUCAGCGAAGUCGUGCAGCGAAACGGGGCCGAAGUGCGGACACAAAUGCCGUGCACCAAGAUUGAGUUUGUCCUGAAGGAAAAUGGCGGGAACAAAAAGAUUGCCCGAGUACACACCGCUGAGUCAGUUUGGGAAGCAGACAGGUUGAUAUGCGGAAUACCAGCUGCAAAUCUGGCAGAAGUACUUCCUGUUGACCUCUCACCCUUAUCCCUGCAUCUCCAGCAAAUACAGAGCGUCACAGCUGCAGUAGUCAAUCUAGAGUUUGAGGGCUCCCACCUCCCCACCGAGGGCUUUGGUUAUUUGGUGCCUUCGCGAGAACCAUCAAACGUGCUUGGGGUGAUUUUCGACUCGUGUGCAUUCCCGCAACACGACAGGCCAGAGAUAAAGUCAACACGAAUGACGUGCAUGAUGGGAGGGGCCUGGUUCCACGACCUCUUUGGUGACCCAGAUAAGGUGGAUUGUGAUUGGCUGGCUUCGGUUGCCUUGGCGACGCUGAAGACCCAGAUAGGGUUGAGCGCAAAACCGACAUAUUGCCGAGUCAAUUUAUCCAAAGACUGCAUUCCAAACUACAAGGUUAAUCACCACAGACUCUUAGAAACUAUAGAUGCCUACGUUGCAGAUAAUGACCUACCUCUGACCCUCGUUGGUUCCUCCUACAAAGGCGUCAGCGUCAACGACUGCAUUUACAACUCUAGGCUCGCUGCCCAACGUCUAGUGCCCGAUGGUCAACUUGCAGUAUGACAAACGUAAUCUAGAAUAGAGUGGUUCUUGCAACAGAUGCAGAAAUGUGCUGUGUCGGUUGCAAGCCAGUGAACAGGCCAAAAAAUGCCUUCACCGACCAAAUCACAGUACAUUUGUACAUGUAUGUCCCCUCUAAUAAUAAUCUCAUGGGGUCAAUAAUUGGGAUGCCCAUGUUUGCCAAGGCAACCCAUCGAAAAUAUUUUUUUUAAUACAUGUAUUAGAAAAUAUUUACUUGUUUACUUGUUUUAGAAAAACAUGUCAAAAACACAAGUGUACACUACAGUACAGCAACCGUUGACAUGAAAAGCCAGUUUUAAUUAUCACCAUUUCUGAAUGGUUUAUUUUUUUUUUUGCUGUUCUUCCAUGAAAUAGUAAGGCCAAAAAAAAAUAAUUGUUCAGCUUCUGAUUACAUGGCAUUCGAAAAAAGGGUACGAUCAUAUG